AUGAUGCGUCGGCUCCACGGUGGCAUGAAGGCGCGAGACGCAGACAAAGGGACCUGGCAGGAGAUGUCCAGGUAAACGACCCCUAGGUAAGCUGAAUAUUGCCCUGUAGUCUUUGCCCGCUAACUAUCUCCAUUUCAGCAAUGAGCUAGCUCAACGUCUAGACAACUUACCAAUCCCCAAUGCGGCCGUUGCCGCCGACGAGAACGGCUCCGUGGAGAACUGGUGUGACACAAUCCAGUCGAAGGCGCUGGCCGUCCUCGGUCGCGCAUCCCGCCACCUACAGCCUGCUCUCCGAGAAUGGCCGCCUGCUAAAAGCCUACAUAGACCACCCCACCGACGACGACGACAACAAAGCAGCAUUCUACCGUUGCCGCCGCCUUGUGCAACAGCGUCUGCGCGAGAUGCAGAACGCACGGUUGGCCCGCAAGGCCAUGGAGAUCGAAGGGCUCGCGCGACCACAACGAAUAGAAGAAGAUCUUUUCCAUCAAAGCCCUCUACUGUCCACCCGCCAAAGGUUCUGCACCUCUCCUCGGCGUCGACUGAAAAACCCCGCUCACCGAGAAGACACAAAUUCUGCAGCGAUAUGCUGAACAAUUCAGGGGCGUCCUCAAAAAUCCUUCUACCAUCUCCGACACCGCCAUCGCCCGCCUGCCCCAAGUGAGGACCAACACCAACAUCGACCUCCCACCCUCUCUCCACGAGACUAUCAUGACCGUGCAGCAGCCCUUCAGCAGAAGUCGCCCGCAUCGGACGCGAACUUUGCGGAGGUCUACAAGCAUGAUGGUCCCCAAAUCAUGGAGCACCCGGCGGCACUGUUCCAGGAGAUGUGGCUUCAAGGAAAAGUCCCGCAGGAUUUCAAGGACGCCACCAUCAUCCACCUAUACAAACGGAUAGGAAACCGCCAGCUUUGCGACAACCACCGAGGCAUCUUCUUGCUGAACACUGACGGUAAGAUAUACGCUCACAUUCUUCUCAACCGCCUUAACAAUCACUUGCAUUAAGGUCUUCUGGCGAAAAGUCAGUUCGGCUUUCACCGUCAUCGUGGCACCAUGGGCAGGAUCUUCACCACCCACCAGCUGCAGGAGAGGCGUCAGGCGAUGCGGACCCAACUGCACCCUUCUUUAGUGGAUCUGACGAAUGCGUUCGACAGGGUGAAUUGUGACGAAAUGUGGAUAAUCAUGCGGUGAUUUGGCUGUCCGUGACGAUUCAGCCAGAGGGUGCGUCAGCUCCAUUAUGACAUGAUGGCACGCAUCACGGACGAAUUCGCAGUAUUGUGUUCCCCUCCAUGUUGAUGUAUGCCAAACGCGACGAACGCCCCAGGAUCCGCCUUGUCUAUGGGACGGCUGGCCACGUCCUCAACCACAGACGGAUGCACUUCCGGUCGCGUAUAUCCACAGUAACCAUCCAUGAACUUCUGUUCGUCGAUAAGCACCUCGGGAUCCGCAUCGCCAUAUAGAACUGUGAGUGACCUGUCUAACCGCUGGACGAUGCAAAUUUGAUCGCGUUCUUCCACAACCACCAUCCACUAGGAGAGUCAGACUGAAACAACUCCUUCUCAGCGUGUUCACGUCACCCUCACGCAUGUCAGAUGUAGGCUGCUCAACCCGAGUUGUGUGUAAUCAAGGCGCUCGUGUUUGAGGAGCCAGGUCGUGCAUGUGGCGCGCGUAUACACGGUCACUUUACCCUGUCAGCCACGACGUCCAUUCCACGCUCAAGUCAACUGACCGGCUCGGACAGUGGCUGUGGCCUGAGAAUGUGAAGGGAGAGUGAGAUCGACGACUCAGCGCAUUUUUCUCACAAUUGAAUGCAUAUACUUCAUGCUGAGCCAAUUGCAGUUGCGCUGGAGCGGCCACCUGGUGCGCAUGGACAACGAGUGACUACCAGAACGCCUCUACUACGUAGAAGUCGCGACGGGUUCUCGUCGUCACGGAGGCUAGAUUCGCCGUUCAAAGGAUACCCUGAAGUCCUCCCUGAAGCGCCUGCAAAUCAACCCGACCAACUGGGAAGAGCUCGCCCGCGAUCGUCCGACAUGGAGGAGAACAGUGAAGACAGGCGCUGCUAUCCACGAAGCCAACCGCAUAGCCGCCGCCAAAGCGAAACGCGAAACGCGAAACCCGCAAAUCACAUCUUCGCCCAGUAAUCAACGCCGCGGCACAACCGCUCCCAAAGUGUCCUCGACAUCAACGGAAAUUCCGGGCUCGAAUCGGACUUGUUGGCCAUCUUCGGAUCAACUGCACCUCUCCAACUGAACCAAACUUUAUCCCCAUGCCCGCCUCUUCCUCCCAGCCGCCACCAAAUAACUCUGACAAUUCUUCUGCACCACCACUUCCAUCCUCCUCCUCCUCCUCCUCCUCCUCCUCCACCUCCACCUACUCCUCCCCCACUGUCCCAUCGGCGGCCGCUCAGGCGGCCGUCUCGCACAUCAACUCCGACACAACAACCGACACCACACCCACCUCUCCCGAUUCCAGUGAUGAGGAUCAGGACUAA